AUGAAGCAGCAGCAAAGAAACUCCCAGGUACUGAAGUACGUCAGUCUGGUUACGCUUACUCUUCAAAAUGCUCUAGUCGGUCUUAGUAUGCGAUAUGCUCGUACUAGAUCUGGAGACAUGUUCCUUUCAUCCACAGCUGUUGUGAUGGCAGAGAUCGUUAAACUCAUGACUUGUUUGAUACUUGUGUUCAUGGAACACGGAACGUGGAAUCAAUUCUUGCACUCACUCAAAAUGACAAUUUUGAAGCAACCUUUUGAUACUUUGAAAGUAUGCGUACCAUCCAUGGUUUACAUUGUACAAAACAAUUUGUUAUAUGUAUCUGCAUCGAACCUGGAUGCAGCGACACAUCAGGUCACUUAUCAAUUAAAAAUUCUAACAACAGCAUUUUUUGCUGUAGUUAUUUUAAGACAAACAUUGAGAAACAUACAGUGGGGUGCAUUGGUGCUAUUACUGGGAGGUGUCAUAUUGGUGCAAUUGGCACAAACUGGACCGCAUGCUGUACCUUCAGGCAUUGAGCAGAAUCAGCUGUUUGGUUUCUCCGCAGCACUAAGUGCAUGUUUUCUCUCAGGCUUUGCUGGAGUAUAUUUUGAGAAAAUACUCAAAGGAUCGGACAUUUCACUUUGGAUGCGUAACGUUCAACUGAGUUUCCUUUCUUUACCGUUUGGAUUGCUAACUUGCUUCCUGAAUGACGGAGAUAUUAUCAGGAAGCAAGGUUUCUUCUUUGGUUACGACUUAUUUAUUUGCUACUUGGUGGUGCUUCAAGCCGGUGGAGGACUCGUAGUUGCGAUGGUCGUUAAGCAUGCAGACAAUAUUCUUAAAGGCUUUGCAACUUCUCUUGCUAUAGUCAUCUCGUGCAUUGCUUCAAUUUAUUUGUUUAACUUUAAGCUGACAUUCCAAUUUGCUUUUGGUGCACUUCUGGUGAUCUGUUCAAUCUUUAUGUACAGUCAUCAACCGAAAAUUCACCAUCAAGAUAAACAUACGCUCUUAGAAAAGAUUUAAGGAACUAUGAACUUAGAUAUUAACCGUCUUUUUCCUAAAUGUGUUAAGUUGAUACUGAAUUUGUAUUAAAAUGAUUUUUACACUGCGUAUUUAAAAAAAUACUCUACCGACUUAAGAAUGCAUUCGUAAGGUGCAAAUAAUAGGAAAGUUACUUCUAUGUAGUUUAAUCGUUUUAAUGAGACAGUAGCUCUAUGGAGAAAUAGUUCCUCGCUCAUUCACCGCCGAGCAAUGAUUUUGCAAGCUUUGAAACAUCAAGUUACGCAACCUCAGUUAAUAAGUUACAGUCCACUGCCUUUUUCUCACACCGUGCUUUUUUUGCUUUAAUUAAGGGACAAUGAAAUUCCUAAUGUUAUCGGUAUUAGUAAGCGAAGUUACAGUUAUGAUUGAACCUAGGCCAUAUCGAGACCACCGCUUAUGAAGUCGUUCAUAAGUGCCAAAGUAUUUUCUUAAAAACUAGCUUUAUACAUAUUUUUAUAUCGCAAUAUCGCGAAAAAACUUAUUGUACAUAAUUUAGAUACAUAUGUUUAAAUAUUCCGAGACUUUGACCAGUUCCGAAGUAAUGGGCUAAGUACUUAAAUAUAUUACAUUUGAAUAAAUUCAAGUAAAUACCUAAUAUACAGCUGCACGUUGCCCCUUAAUUACUCUCUUGAUUUCUUAUUUAAUCUUCCCGCGAGUGAGUUUCCAUCUUAAAAAACACGAGUCACUUUUAUCCAAAGAAGUACGGUAAAAACGUGACAAAGGAAAACUCCCUUUUAACUUUGGGGAAUUUCCUUUGUCUGGUUUAACCAUGCUCUCACAAAGCACAUGCUCACGUUCAAUCGCUGCGUAGGGUCUAUCGGUAAGGGCCAAUCAGAAGCGUUGCCUCCACCAGGGAACG